AUGUCCAAAGCCCCCAGCAAAAAGCUCACCGACGAAGAAAAAGCCGCCAAGCACGGCGCCCUCGUAGUCUUCGGUUCCGGCCCUGGAAUAGGACGCAAUGUCGCCUCUCUCUUCGCUGAGCGCGGUUUCUACAAAAUCUACUUGCUUUCCCGGAACCAGGAACGUCUGCAAGAAGACAUCGAUUUCGUGAAGAAAGCUGCCCCGGAGGCAAGUGUGAAAGCUAUUGCGGUCGAUCUUGAGGAUCCGGGUAAAGUAAGGGCUGCGCUGGCGGAAUUGGAUUCGAGGUUGCAUGGGAAGUCGUUGGAAUGUGUUUUGUAUAAUGCUGCGAGGGUUGGGCAGAGUAAGUUGAUGGAGUGGAGUGCGGUGAAUUAUGAGUCGGACUUUAGGAUUAGUGUUGUGAGUCUUUUGAUGGUUGCGCAAUGGGCUAUGCCGCAGCUGGUGGCGGCAGGGAAAAAGGAGUAUUACACGCCCGCAUUCUUGGUGACGAGUGGUGGCUUAUACAAGAAUCCUUUCCCACAAUUCUUCUCACUCGCAUCGUGCAAAGCUGCUCAGUACAAUCUCGUUCACAGCCUACACAAGGAGUACGGCUCGAAAGGAGUGCAUUGUGCGGCAAUCGUGGUGGAAGGCAAAGUAGCUGACGAUGCCAAAGUGACUACUGCUCGGAAUGUGGCGGAUAAGGCUUGGGGAUUAUUUGAGCAGCCUGCGCCUGGCGAUUUGGACGCCACUAUCACAGAUCCAGAUUAUGCAGAGUUCAUGAAGAAGGUGGAAGCUGGCGCUUAG